UCCUAUUCUGUCAUAUGCAAAGCGAAACGAAGGGUCGAUAACUUCACUGGAGGGCAUGGAAAAAAAAUCCAGUUUUCUACUCGAUUAAAAAAAUUCUAUUACUUUAUAUCGCAAAUGGUAGCCAAAUACAUAAUUAGCGCGUUAGCUUGAGGAUAAAGCUAAGAGUUUUAUCUAGUCUAUGUUGGUUUAGCUGCUGUUAUCACGUCUGACUGCAGACUCCUGCUGUCCAAACACACACCGCCUUUGUGGCGAUGACUGCGGAUUUACUGUCUGAUCUGGACAGCCGAUUCUUCGCUGAUAAUCUUUUGACGAGCGAAGAUUGGGAUGCCUGCCUGUUCAAGUGUGAGAGCAUGGAGGAAGGAGAGGACGGGGACUUCAGUCAAGGGUUGAAAUACGAACCAUCGUUUGACAAUGACCUCGUGCUCACCCUCGAUCCUGAUAACCGCACGUCACCAUGGCGAUACCUUGACGACAACCUUCUCACAGGAAACACUUCGGUGAUAAAAAAUGAGAUGACAUUGACAGAGCCGCUCCCUGUGGAAAUGUUGUUCCAGGUCAAGGCUGAGCCUCCCUCUCCUGCUUCCUCGCUGGACUCAGAUUGUUCGACCUUGUCGCCUGACCCACAGGUUACAAUUAAAGCCGAAAACCCUCCGACUCCUCCGUACAUGUAUGGAGACGUACUGUCUCCUCCGCUGGGGACGAUGGAGGUAACCGUGGCAACGACGGCAGUACCCCCACCCCAGUCCCAGAUUCCAAUAAUGACACAAACUCAGCUGCAGACACCAUUAACAUCUGUUCAAGCAGUCAUCAAUGGAAUACCGACACAAACUGCAGCAGUCCUGCCAAGCACAUUAAAAGCCAGCACCAUCCUGAGCACCAAACCUCCCAUCCAGCCCCGACCGGUGUGUGUUGCUGCUACACUCCCCGUCCCGCAAAACCCUGCACCAGCGAAGACCCUCAUUCUGCAGGGGCUCCCCUCCAUGGAUCAGAACAGACCCGUCGUCCUCUCUCCGUCCGUCUGUCUCAGUUCGGCUCCGGCUAUUGUGAAAAUGGAGCCCGUGUCCCCUACCAUCCCUCAGCACUGCUCCAGCCCAGCUGCCUCCUCAACCAGCAAGCCCAUCGUCCCGGCGACCACGCCGUUACCCAGCAACAACUCCAACGACAUUGAUAUGAAGGUGCUAAAGCGGCAACAGAGGAUGAUAAAAAACAGAGAGUCUGCCUGCCAGUCGAGAAAGAAAAAGAAGGAAUACCUGCAGAACCUGGAGGCUCAGCUGAGGGAAGCUCAGCAGGAGAACGAACGACUCCGCAGGGAGAACCAGGCGCUGAGGGAGAGACUGGCUGUGAAGGAGAGCGGCGAUUCUGCAAGCAACAAGAGAGCAGUGUGUGUCAUGGCGGUUCUGCUGUUCAUGACUUUCAGCUUUGGCCCCGUCAGCAUCACUGACAGGAAGCUGUCAGCUAGUCUGCAGGAAGAUCUGGUGUCUUAUACGGGUCGCCGGCUGCUGGAGAUCGAACAGCAGCAGGAUCGCCAGGCUGAUCCUCAACCUCUCCAGAAAGUUGAGGACAAACCGGAGAAACCGGAGUCCGGCGGCGAUGAGCGGUGGAAGGGAGGAGAGGCGGAGAGAUACGCUCCAGAGUCUUAUCAGUUCCGAAACCUGAGUGACAUGUUCAGUGACUUGAAGGAUCUGGUUCUGCCAGACAUCGAACGUUACUUCACUUCCUCAGACUGCCGACAGUUCAACCGCUCUGAGUCUCUCAGGCUCGCAGACGAGCUAAGAGGAUGGGUUCAUCGACAUCAAAUCGACAGGAAGAAGUCUGGAGGAAAAGCAAAGACGGCCAAAAAAGCAAAGAUCACCCAGAAAGCUCAACUGAGAAAGGCAAACAUUUCCAGAUAUCUGCCAAUCCAGGCUCACCGCUCCAUAGAAAGUCAGCUGAGGGUACUUCCUGGACCUGAGGUCACCUACAGCGACUUCCUGGACGCCAUCGACCGUAGGGAAGACACGUUCUACGUCGUGUCUUUCAGGAGGGACCACCUGUUACUGCCUGCCAUCAGCCAUAACAAAACCAGUCGGCCUAAAAUGUCUCUGGUGAUGCCGGCCAUGUCUGUUAACGAGAGUCUCUACAACUCGUCUCAGGGCUACGAAAUGAUGAUGCAGGUCGACUGCGAGGUCAUGGACACUCGCAUCAUCCCCAUAAAGUCCUCUGCCGUCCCUCCAUCUCUUCGUGAACCCUCCCCUCCUCCACCCUCCUCCCAGCAUGGUGCCCACCAUCACCAUGGCAACAGCACCUCCCUCAGAGGGCGCCACCAGCACCAUCCAUCGUCUUCAUCCCCUUCUCCAAGGCAGCCUCUACCCGCCCGAACUCAAACACCCGAAUACUUGAUCAGCCAAUCAGAAGGAGUCUGAGGAGACACAGAGACGAGUCUGAUGGUUGAAGGUUGGUGACUCAGAUGAGGAAUCAGAGAAAACUUUUUAAAAUCUCUUCACUAAGCAAAAAAGGUUUCAGAGACAGUUAAAAUCGAACAUCAGAUUUCAUCAGCAACUGGUACUGACAGGACUAAAUAAAAUACUGUCAAAAUAUACAGAUCUAUUCCUUAAAGUAAAAAGACAAAGAGGGCACCGCCAGCACUUGAAAGUGAAUCAAACGGAUCAGUUCCAGUUUUCUUCAGAGACUACUCGGUUAUUUCUUUAUCAAAUCUUUAUCAAAUUUGACUCUUUAUCGGACUCUGUUCAGUUUGACAGGGCCACAUUUUGAAGUUCUUGUGGACGUUGCAUAUUUAAACCCGUCAACUCUUUGGUUCUGCACACAUACUAAAGUCACUAAGGAAAGAAGUUAUUGCGAUAUAAUCUACAUGUUUAGAGGUUAUAUUCAGGUUUCAGGACAUGAAAUGUUUUCAGUGUCAUGGAUUGAGUUUUUUAAUGGUUUCAGGGUUUAAAACUUUCAUCUUGGGGGAUUCUAGGCAUAUAGAUCUAACCAGUAAAAGAGACAUGAUGUACAUAUUUAUAUACAUUGUGAUAAAUAAAAUUGCAGAAAUCUGGUAUUCCUUCAUCUGAAAAAGACAGGAAACUUUAAAGGCCUUUACAUUUUGUUGUAAAUACAGUGUGUUUCAUAAAUCUGAUUAUUUGACAACACUGACAGCUGUUGCACAACGGCGGACGCUAUUUGGUUAAAAAAAAAAAUCUCAGAGGUGUUUUUUUGGUUCUUUUUGUAAAUGUUAUGGCAUACAUUUUUACAAAGGAGUCUUGUUGAUUUGUUUUCCAGCAAACAUACACUAUAUGAAUGCCGGCUCCUGUUCAAGUUGAUCAGUGGUGUAGAAAUUGAGAAACAAUUUGUUUAAUGUGUUCAAGAGUUAUGCCAACGCAAGAUUUGAGCCUGCAGAUUUGUUCAACCCUUAGUUUUUGUCCAUUUGUUUGUUGUCAAAAUAUUUAUUUUUCAUUUUUCUUUGAAAUAAAAACAACUAAUAUAAAAACAAAAAUUUAAGUGAGGCGAAGAUGAUUUGUUUGUUUUUUUCUGUGAUGUUAACUCUGAAAUCUUUUACUAAUUUUGAGAGUCAAGCACCCCGCCUCGUGCAUCAGCUGUCACUUUUAUCCUUGUGUGUUUUUUUUAUGUUAUUUAAUAUCUGUAAAUAUGAGUGUUGAUAUUUUGUUUGUAUUUUGUCACAUUUUCAAUUUUUUAUAUUUCUCUUUUCACAACAAAAAGUAAAAUGAUGAGAAAACCUGUGAAGUUUUUUUUUUUUUUUUUUGUCUUGGAAAUGAUAUUUUAUAUUUACAUGUUGUGUCCAGUGGACCAGCCAGCCUCUCAAUCUGUAAGUGUGAACUUAUAUUAGAUCCAUAUUCUUUUUAUGAUUGUACAUAGAAAUCAUAAAAUUGAGUUGUUCUUUUUAAUUUGUAAAGGAAAGACUAUUAGUGCCUGAAAGAAACUCAAUAAUUUAGCAUUUCUGACCUGGGACUUUGAAUUUUGAACUGCUCAUAUUCUUAAUGAGUUUCGUUUUAGUCCUACAGAGUUAGUUUCAUCCUGUUCCAUUGUAGCUGAAUGCAAAAUGUAAUAUUAGACUCUAGCAUCACUUCAUAAUCUUCAUCUGUCAAAUCCGCCCGCUCUGCAUGAUAGAUGGAAGCUGUAGGUGUAUACUUGAGCUAGAGGAUAUCUCAGUUUGUGCAGCUUUGAUGUAAUUAUUUCUAAUGGGAUUUAGAAGCUUCAAGAAAUGUUUUGACAUACAUCUUCCCAGGGACAUAUUUUUUAAAUUAUGUUUUUUUUUUUCUAUUGAGGCAAAAUAAGUUGAGAAGAAACGGGUGCAUACAAUUGAAAUGGAUUUUCAAUUUUGUUUUGUAUUUCAGAAGAUGAAACAAUUCAGCCAAAGUUUUAUUAUUAUUCUGCAUUAUUAACGACUUUCACAUUUCUAACUUUUUUAUGUUUCUGAAGCCUUCAGUUUGCUGCUGGGUUCUGUUUGAACACGACCAUAGAAAGUUUGGAUUUCACUGUUGAUUAGACUAUUAGAAAAAUGUACAAAUCAGUUUUUGUUUUUUAUAAUUUUCUGAUUUGUAUAAAGGUAUGCCAAGAAGAAGCUAAUAUGAAGUAGAAAGGGCCUUUUUUUAUUUGUAAUUGGAUGGUGUGGAUUGAAGAUGGGGAAGGGACAAAAGAGUCAAGAAUUGGGGGGAGGUUUGUAUAAAGUUUUUGGAGCAAUGUUAAUAAAACAGUGGUCAUUCA